AUGAAUGAACGCAUGCUCUUGUUUUUUCUGUGCAGUCUCAUUCUCUUCUUUUCCAUGUUUUGUUUCUAUCCGAAUCUGGUGAAUAGGGCGAGAGAGUUAUCUUCUCUGGACAGUUUAUCGGAGGUAAUAGAACACAUUGUUUGGAAAUCAAAACACCAAAAUAUUCACUUCUUGAUGGAAAUGUGUAUAUUUAUUGGUUGUGUGAUUGUGAUACCGUACUUUCAUAUCGGAAAAACAUAUAGAGAUGCUGUGGAAGGAAAAUUAGUGGGAUAUGGAUUAUUCCCAUUAUUAAGUUAUUGUAUCGGAAUGUAUUUUGAUUUGGGAGCAGGAUUUACCGAUGGAACAGUGGUGGUGCGGUCCAUUGCUCAACAACAAAAACAAAUUCAAGCUUUAUAUACUGACUCUAGGCAAGAUAUAUUGACUUUUUCAAAGCCAUUCUCUGUAUUUCAUGCGUGUCUGCUCACAAACAUUCUAGCUUUAUAUUUUGAAGACAAUUUUCAAAUCAUCAAAAUUUUAAUUUUCGGAAGCUACUCAGCAGCCUUGAGCAUUUAUUGGCCAAUUUCUUCAAAGUUUACUGCUCAAAUAUUGAAAAUAUCGGAUUUGAAACUGGCCAUCACUACUUUUGAUGUUGGAGCGCUGACAAGGUGGCUGAGCCCUCACGAAUUUUUCUCGCUAUUCAUUGUGGUCAUUAUUGGGUUUUUAGUGUUUGAAUCUACGUUUUCCGUGUGCAGAAAAUUUUCUCCUCACUCGUUCACGUUUGGAGAGAGUAUUAUUAUGAGCAAUGUGAUGAGUAUAUGUUUUUUGAGAUUGGUUGAUUUAUCUCGUAAUGCCCAUCUUCUCGUUGCAGAUGAUGUUUCAAUGAUUGAAGCUUUCAUAGAAUUAAUGGUUUUAUCGACUGUAUUUUUUGGUGUGACAUGCUAUCUCAUAUUUGUCAAAUGGACUCGGCGGAGGUAUAACACCAUUACCAAUUAUGUGGCCUAUGCAGUGGCAUAUUAUUCUGUGGUGUUAACAUUUGUGACUCAACGGGUGCUGUUGCCUGAGGAAACAACAAAUUUAGUUCAAUUUGACGUGAAGCAUCCCGUUCUGUGGCUAUUGGAAUUCAUCUUUCUCAAAGACAUUUAUCAUGUUUACUAUUUAGUGUAUUGGCUUGCUUGUAUUUUCAUAAUAUUUAUUGUCAUGAGUUUUUCUAGAGAAAUUCAGGUACCUGUAAAGCCGCCACCAAAAGUCGUCUCAUCAGGUGACCCAAAGACAUACCGUCAUAAUUCUACUGCACCUACCAAUGAAAAGUCCGAGAUUUCAAAAUCUGUGGAAACAAAAACUCACAGAGACUUGAUUCUACUUUUUGGAGACCGCAUUCGAGUUCCAAAAAUUAUUUAUCGAAAAUUUUUCCACAUUAUGGCCGUAGUUAUGUUUGUUCCUUGCACUAUUCAAAAGCCACUAUUUAUGUGCCUCAGUUAUGCUGUGGCAGUUUGCUUAUUUUUACUCAUUGAGAGCUUUAGAGUUCAAUUCAUCACUGAGCACGAUAACAACCGUUUAGCAAAAGCUCUCCACUUUUACAUCAAACAAUUCACAGAUAGCCGAGACUCGGGUACAUUUAUUUUAACUCAUAUUUAUUUACUGAUUGGUUGCAUGAUACCUACAUGUGUAGAAAUUUUCAGUCAUGAAACUACAAUCAACUAUCAUAGAACUCUCUCUGGCGUGUUAAUUCUGGGAAUUGGUGACACAAUGGCUUCUAUUGUUGGAUUCAAUUUUGGAAAAACAAAAUGGAAUUAUCCUGCAAAUACUCGUAAAUCCAUUGAAGGAACCAUUGCCUCGUUUAUUUCAGUGUGCGCCAUUGCAUUUCUAGUGGUUCCUACACCUUCAUCAUCCAAACUCGAAAUUUUAAGCUACAUUUUCUGCGCAUUCUCUGCAAGCGUACUCGAAGCUUACACCGUUCAAAUUGACAAUUUAAUUUUACCAAUAUUUUUUUACACAUUAUUAUGUGCAUUUUCGACAGUGUACACUAUUAAGAGCAAAUUGCUGGUACCUAUUUGGAGAAGUGGGUGGUUUUAA